CCGAAACGGUAGUCGGGAUUGCAAUUGGAGGUGUAUUUGGUGACAAUGGAGUCGGUUGCUACGCUCCUCCGCCGCCGCCACCUUCCUGGGGUUCGACGCCAAACUCUUCCUCUCCUCCCUCCAACUCGUCGAUAUCGACCGGAACAGUGGUCGGGAUUGCAAUCGGAGGUGUAUUUGGCGACAAUGGAGUCGAUUGCUAAGCUCCGCCGCCGCCGCCUGCCCCGAAAGUGGUCGGGAUUGCAAUCGGAGGUGUGUUUGGCGACAAUGGAGUCGAUUGCUAAGCUCCCCCGCCGCCGCCUGCCCCGAAAGGUUUGAUUUUCCCCAAUCUUUUCCCUCUCUCUUUUGAAUCUCAGAAGAAAUUUCUCGUAUCUAGUUGUGGAAGUUGUGGGAUGGUUUGAAGAGAGGUGCUGAUGUGGUUCAUGAUGGGGUAGUAGAAAGAGGGCUUCAGGUUGUUCGAUAUGUUGGUGC